ACUGCCCAGAGUCUACUACAGAAGUACUUUGUGGAAGAUUACCAAGUUGUGUCUUGCCAGACAUUAUAUCUUCAGUACUACAAGAAAGGCAACAUCUGUUAUCCUUGUGAAUUUUUAACUAGCUAAGUAUUCCUAAUUAAACAAUUUUACUUUUUGAUAUUGGGAAUUCUAGCUAAAUAUGCAUGGUAGUUAAUAGAAAAAUACAUGCUAGUAAUACUGUAAUUAAUAAUUUUCAGAAAAAUCUGUAUAAAAACAAGAUAAAAUAAUAAUAAAAGUGAUGUUGAGUGUAUCUGCAGUGUUCCACUACAUAUAUUACUCUUUUAACACACAAAACAAAAAUUAUGAUAGUGUUUUAAUGCACAAUAUAAACUUUAUUAGUGCUUAUAAGUAGGGAAAGUUUUGCUUAAAUAAAUCUUAACAUGGGAAUAUGUUCAUAAGGAAAACUGUGUUUUCACUCUCCAAAAUAGUUGAAAAAAUUAUCUUGAAAUAACUACAUAAGGAAGAUUAACUAUACCAAUGUUGUAUGACUUUAAUGUUUUAAAUGAAAUACCAUUGUUUAAAAAAUAUGGAAACACAUAAAGAAAAUAAACCAUAUCGAUGUUCAGAGUGUCUGAAAUGUUUUAGUGUAAAAUGGAAUCUGGUGAGACAUAUGAGAGAACAUACAGGAGAUAAACCAUAUCAAUGUUCAGAGUGUCUGAAAUGUUUUAGUGUAAAAAGCAGACUUGUGACACAUAUGAGAGUACAUACAGGAGAUAAACCAUAUCAAUGUUCAGAGUGUUUGAAAUCUUAUAGUCACAAAAGCCAUCUUGUGACACAUAUGAAAGUACAUACAGGAGAUAAACCAUUUGAAUGUUCAGAGUGUCCGAAGUGUUUUAGUGUAAAAAGCAGUCUUAUGACACACAUGAGAGUACAUACAGGACAUAAACCAUAUCAGUGUUCAGAGUGUCUGAAAUGUUUUAGUGUAAAAAGCAGUCUUGUGACACAUAUAAGAGUACAUACAGGAGAUAAACCAUAUCAAUGUUCAGAGUGUUUGAAAUGUUAUAGUCACAAAAGCCAUCUUGUGAAACAUAUGAAAGUACAUAUAGGAGAUAAACCAUAUGAAUGUUCAGAGUGUCUGAAAUGUUUUACUGAGAAAAGCAACCUUGUGAGACAUAUGAGAGUACAUAGAGGAGAUAAACCAUAUCAAUGUUCAGAGUGUCUGAGAUGUUUUACUGAGAAAAGCAAGCUUGUGAGACAUAUGAGAGUACAUACAGGAGAUAAACCAUAUCAAUGUUCAGAGUGUUUGAAAUGUUUUACUGAGAAAUGGAAUCUUGUGACACAUAUGACAGUACAUAGUUUAGAUAAACCAUAUCAGUGUUCAGAGUGUCUGAAAUGUUUUAAUCAAAAAGGCAAUCUUGUGACACAUAUGAGAGUACAUACAGGAGAAAAACCAUAUCAAUGUUCAGAGUGUCUGAAAUGUUUUAGUCUAAAAGGCAGUCUUGUGACACAUAUGAGAGUGCAUACAAGAGAUAAAAAAUGUUAGUGUUAAAUGUUAAAGGAAUAUUUUAGUUUUAAACUCAUCAGAAUAUAUAAAGUGAAUGUACCAUAACAGUGUUGAGAGUGAAAUAUGUUACUAAUAAUAAUAAUAAUAAUAAUAAUAAUAUCUUUAAUUACUACAAUUACAUGUACAAGGUAUAGAGGCCUAGCUGGCAUCAGUGACAUUCUACUAUAUAGAAAGCCUCUUAUUAUGCUGAGCAUUUCCUGCAAAUUAGGUCCUUGGCCCAGGAUGCAACCCACACCAGUUCACUAACUCCUAGGUACCCAUCUUACUGAUGGGUGAACAUAGACAACCAGUGUAAAGAAACACGCCCAGUGUUUCUACCCACACCCUCUUCAAGGAGGGCUCCUUGAUGUGGUGAAGAGGCUCUUGGUCUGAGGAAUUAAACCUGUUGGUCUCCUUCCUCAGACCGAACCUCAUUUUCGCCCAAUCCCCUUUUAUCUAUCCCAUUAUCCCCAUCCUCUCUUUUUCCUUUCCUCCUCCUCCAUGCCCCUCCCUUAUUCCCUUUGUCUUUUUGGCCUUUGGGUUUCUUCCCACAGGCAUCCUAGUUCCUAAGUAGAUGUAAGGGUAGCAGGGUCCAUUUCAUUCCAUUGAGGUUCUUGGCAGUGGUGUAGUUUGCCGUGGAAUUUUGAUCGCAUGGAGAUGUCCCGAUCCCUCUCCGAUCUCCCGAGGAGUGCCUUUGGGUGUCUUUCGGGCGAUGGGUGUAUCUCUGGAGGCCGCCUUUCAGAUUCAAAGCAUCAGAGAUCGUGUUACUGAAAGAAAUAUCUUAAUUGGUUUUAAUAUGCUCAGGCAAGUCCAUUCAAACUGCUGCACAGAAGCUCUUUAAAUUUUCCUCAGCAGUGGUGAACACCCCUCCAGAUGGAUCGAAAAAACUGAACCCACCCUCCACAUGAACCAGAUACAUGAUCUAUGUCAAGUAAGGCAACAGGGCACUUCUCCGCUCCAUGGAAUAUUAUCCCAUUCCAAACUACCAUUCUUCCAUUUUCACCCCCCAAAAUAUUUUUUGAAUCACAACCAAAGCUUUGCCUUACCUGGAGCUUACCUGGAGAUGAUUUUGGGGGUCAAUGCCCCCAUGGCACAGUCUGAGACCAGGCUUCAUGGUGGAUCAGGGUCUGAUCAACCAGGCUGUUACUGCUGGCCGCAUGCAAGCUGACUUACGAACCACAGCCCGGUUGGUCGGGUACUGUCUUUAGGUGCCUGUCCAGUGCCUUCUUGAAGACAGCCAGGGGUAGUGCUGCUGUUGCCGUAUAGAGUUAUGGCUCUCAUAAAUAAAUUGGAGCAUGCAUCAAUGACUGGGCCUCAACCCUUCAAACAGAACUGCCAUACUCCUUGCACUCAAAUGCAUCCAUGUGUCUAAAGUUGACACUUUAAUUGUAACUGAUUCUCUGUCAUCCAUAAAUGCUCUCAACUCAUUAAGUAUAAAUUGUGGCAUGCUUGUGUCAGAAGCCAGACUCCUGGAAAAUCCUAGAGGGACUAGUACCAAACUUGCUCACGAAAAUCACUC